UUCAGUCUACAGCGUUCUGCAGCAGUCGGUUAAUUCGGGUGUUUAGUUGAUUUCAGUGAAAGCGCCGGACGGUUAUGAGGCGAAAAUGACCGACGAGUCUGCUGUUAAAGUUUGCGUUAGGGUUCGACCCUUUAUAAAACGCGAGGAGGCGGAUAACGCAGAGCCGUUACCGUUGUACUGGAAGACCGAUAAACAGGCGAUACAUCAGAUCGACGAUGACGGCAACAUGACCAAAAGUUUCAACUUUGACAGGGUUUUUAAUGCAGAAGAGUCCACCAAUCAGCUGUAUAACGAAAUCGCCAAACCCCUGGUGGUGUCCACUGUAGAAGGAUACAAUGGAACUAUAUUUGCAUAUGGACAGACUUCCUCUGGAAAGACUUUUACAAUGAUGGGCAGUGAGCACAACCCUGGCGUGAUCCCUCUCGCCAUGGCCGACGUGUUUCAUACCAUCAAAAACUGUCCAAAUAAAGAGUUUCUUCUGCGUGUGAGCUACAUGGAAAUUUACAAUGAAACAGUCACAGACCUCCUGUGCGACAGCUGGAAAAGAAAACCGCUGGAAAUCCGCGAAGGCAACUACAAAAACGUCUACGUGGCUGAUUUGACGGAAGAGCUGGUGAGGUAUCCGGAACAAGCGCUGGCCUGGAUCCGGAAAGGAGAAAAAAACCGACAUUGUGGGAAGACAAAAAUGAACGAGAGGAGCAGUCGCUCUCACGCCAUUUUCCGCAUGAUCUUGGAGAGCAGGGAGAGAAGUGAGCCAGCGUCUGGUGAAAAUGCUGACGGCGCCAUCAUAGUGUCCCAUUUGAACUUGGUGGAUCUCGCUGGGGCUGAACGGGCGAGUCAGACUGGAGCCGAGGGGACCCGUUUCAAAGAGGGAUGCAAUAUCAAUCGCAGUCUCUUCACCUUGGGACAAGUCAUCAAGAAACUGUCUGAUGAGAGCCACAAGGGUUUCACAAAUUACAGAGACAGCAAACUAACCCGGAUCCUCCAGAAUUCUCUGGGUGGCAACGCCAAAACCGUCAUCAUCUGCACCAUCACUCCAGCGACUGUGGACGAAACCGUGAGCACUUUACAGUUUGCCAGUGCGGCGAAGCGCAUGAAGAACGAUCCUCAUGUCACGGAGGUCUCGGACGACGGUGCUCUUUUGAGAAGAUACCGCAAUGAGAUUGUGGAUCUCAAACGACGUCUUCAAGAGGUUUCUUCAGUCACCCAAACAACUGUGACUGAGAAGGAGACACUGUCCCAGCUCCUCCAAGAGAAGGAUCAGCUCCAGAGAGAGCAAGCAGAUAGAAUAAGGAACCUAACAAAGCUUUUGGUAACUGCAUCAAAUGUGGUCCCUGUCCAAAAGAUUCCCAAGAGAAGAGUGACCUGGGGUGGAAAGCUCUUUAGAUCAGCUCCGUUACUGGCAGGCGAUUAUGGAUCUACUGAUAUGAGCUUUGCUGAGCCCUUUUUCAAAAAGAGCAAAGCUGAUCUUACUGUGACGGAGGAGAGUGAAGAAAUGGAGGAAUUUGACACGACACCGUGUUUUUACUCUCCCUCUGAGGACACCUCUAUAGACCUGGAGAUGAACCAGAGUCACAUUACUAUGCGCAGCUCUGCAGAAGGCGUGUGCACCGACUCGCCCCAGCUCAUGUUCAGAGUCGGAUGUUUGGAGCGUCAGCUGGAGACAGAAACGCAGGAGAAGCAAAAAGCCGAAGAGAACAACGCGCUGCUGGAGCAGAGGACCGACGAGCUCCAGAAACAAUUACAGACCUUGGAGCAACAGCUGGAGACGGAGGUACAGGAAAAACAGACCGCUGAGCAGAAGUGUUCCACGCUGGAGCUGAAGAUUGCUGAGCUGGAAAAGGCUCCAGAGCCAGAGAAGGACAACAAAGCCUGUGAGCAGUACCUUGCGGAGGCUGUCCAGCUGUGUCAAACGCUGAGCUCUGAGAGGGAAGUAAUUGCUGCAGAACGGGACAUGCUGAAGCAAAGCCUUGAUCUCUUGACUCAGGACAUGGCGAGACUAAAGCAAGACAACGAGGUGCUGAUGAAAGACAAGGAGACUCUCCUGAGAGACAUCGAAGAACGGAAAGACGCGGAGGAGUUUGAGAAACUUGAGGAUGAGAGCAGGAAAGACUACGAGCGAGAGUUAGAGACGGAAAUUUCAGCAUUGAAAAGGGCUUCCACGGACGCAGAAGAUCUGGUCCAAAAGCUGAAGUCUGAUCUGGAGGUGAUGUCAACGGAGCUGAAAAAGAAGAACGACUUGGUGGUGGACCUGCAGAGUUUGAAUGGUAAGGACCUCGUUCAGGAGGUAACGCAGCUGCGUCGCUCCUUAGACGAUGCAGAGGGGCUCAGUUUGGAAACCAAAAAGGAGUGGGCUUUCCUGCGUAGCGAGAACCUCUCCCUCAAAGAGCGAGAUGCGACUCUGACUGUUAACUACAACCAAAUGGAGAACGAGGUCAAAUCCCUGCAGAGCCAACUCGAGCACGAGAAAUCCCGUUUCAGGAAAAUGCAGACUGACCUCCAAAAAGAGCUGCUUGGGGCGUUUGAUGAGAAUACCAAGCUCACUGCUCUUCUGGAUGGAAAAGUUCCUAAAAACGUACUGGAUAACGUGACCUUGGGGAAAACGGUUGCUGAAUUAAAGAAGGAGCUUGAGAAAAGCCAGGAGAGUGAAGGAGCGCUUCAAAGCAAAAUGGAGGAGUUAAAGUCUCUACAAGCUCUUCCAGCUAAAGUGGAUGAUUUGCUGAGACAGGUGUGUGAGCUCACAGGUGAACUUGACUCUGUUAAAGAGGAGAGGGACAGUCUUCUCUCUGCUCAGGCCGUGUCCAAUGAGGACAACGAGAGACUGAAAGGAGAUGCUGUAAAGGUCCAGGAGGAACUCGAGAGCAUGCAGAAGGAUUUGGCUGAUGCAGAACUCAAGGAAGUUCAGCUAAGCCAACAGCACACAGAGACCACAGAGCAGCUUACAAAGGUCCGAACAGAUCUGGAACACCUCUUGGAGGAAAACGGGAGUCUCCUCAGUGCCUUGGAGGAAGCUAAGCAGAAGUCCGUACAGUUGGGUGAGGAACUGGAGUCUCUUCGCUGUGAAAGAGAGAGGCAUCUGUUAGAGUUGACUGCCACAACUGCAGAGAGGAACCAGCUUCAGGAAACGAUUCACAGCAAAGUCUCUGAGCAAGCCGAGAAUGUUCAGAACCUCCAAGUAGAGCUGCAAGCUAUUACAGAAGAGAGAGAUCAACUGAAGAGAGACCUGGAGGAAAAUGUGGAGCUGAUGAUAAAAAAUCAAGAAGAACUGAGAGCGGCUCUCCAGACGUCGCAAGUGCAACAGGACAAAAUACUUCAGUUGGAAGCGGAAAAGGCUCAGCUGGAGUCCAGACUGUCGGAUCCACCCGAGGACAGUCUCGUCGAGGAUCUGCAAAUUCAGGUGAAGCAGCUGAAAGAGGAUCUGCAGUCUGCAUGUUCAGAAAGGGACAAGAUCGAGUCCGAGAAAGCCCUCGAGUCCGAGUUGGAAAGGAUGCAGACCAGUAUCAGCUCUCUGACUGAAGAGAGAGACCAGCUUCAAGAGAUACUGCAGGGACUGAGAGAAGAGAAAAGCCAGCUAAAGAGAGAACUGGAGGAAAAGGAUGAGCUGAUUAUCUGCUUCCAGUCUCAGUCGAGCGAGAAGAAGUUUUCUGACUCAAACUGCGUUAGUAAUGACGAGAAGGAAGUUCAGCUACAACAGAUGCAGGAUGAAGAGUUGUCUCAGCAGAAUUCCUGGCUUAGGACAGAACUCCAGGACAUGCCUGACAAGGUUGGUGAGCUCUCAGGAACUCUCAGGGCUGUGCAAGAUGAGAAGAGCAAUCUGCUUGUUGCUCAGUCCACCUUGAAUGAAGAACAUCUAAGACUUAAGGAAGAAAUGGAAACGGCCCGAGAGGAACUUCACAGGAUGGAGAGUCAGAUGAUUGAUUCACAGCUGAAGGAAGCUGAAACCAGCCAGCAGCUCAUGGAGACCACUGAGCAGCUCAUGAAGGCUCGGGCAGACCUGGAGCACUUUACUGUUGAAAAUGGCAGAAUGCUCACGUCUUUGGAAGAAGCCAACCGAAAAACUGAGCAGUUGGGUGAAGAAAUCCAGUCUGUUCGUUGUGAAAGAGAUCAGCUUCUGUGUGAGAAGACUGAGGGAGCUUGUGAUCGAGAAGAGUUCGAGAACCUUCGUGCCACACUUGCGACUCUGACAGAGGAGCGAAACCAGCUUCAGGAGAUCCUUCAGGGUCUGCGAGAAGAACACAGCCAGUUGAAGAGAGAUCUGGAAGAGAGCAAUGACCUGCUCGUGCAGGUGCAGAAGCCAGCACAGAGUGAGAUCAGUUCACAACAAGAAGCCACAUGUAUGCAAGAUGAGCUUCAACAAAAGCUACAAGAGCAGCUCGCAGAACUGACCGAGGAAAAUCACCAGCUGAAGACGGAUGCUCAGGAGAAUGUGGAAACGAUGAUCGAGACCCAAGCAGAAUUGAGGUCGGCACUCGCGAAUAUAAAGGAGCUUGAGAGGAACGUGCGCGAGUUGGAAGUGCAGAAGAUUCAGCUAGAGUCCAAACUGUCCCAGACAGACAGCAGUGAGAAGAGCACACUUGUAGAGGAUCUGAAAACUCAGAUCAACCAUCUGAACGAAGAACUCCGAGCAGUUUGUGACGAAAAGCAGCGUCUUCUUAUCGAGACCGCACACGGUGAUCGUAAUGCUGAAGAGCUGGAGAGAGCGCGAGCAACCAUCAGCGCACUCACCGAGGAGCGAGACCAACUUCUGGAUGUAUUGCAGGGCCUGAGGGAAGAAAAGAGCCAGAUAAAGAGUAUCCUAGAAGAGAAGGAAGAGGAAGACAUGAUUAUACAGCUGAGAGAGGAGCGCGAGGUCACUACUGCAGACAGAGACGCUGCGACUAAAGACUCUGCGGUGGACGCUGCACUGGAGACGAUUCAGGCGAGUGUAUCCGCUCUCAGUGAAGAAAGAGACCAACUGCUGGAGAUCCUGCAGGGCCUGAGAGAGGAGAAGAACCAGAUGAGCAGUGAGCUGGAGGACAAGAAUCGGAUGCUGACUCAGUUGACGGACGAGCUCCGAUCUGCUACGGCCGAAAAGGACAACUUGUUGGCUGAGAAAUCUAAAGACGAGCUGGAUAGCAAAGCCGAGUCGGAGAGGCAUCAGGUCCGUAUCGCGUCUCUGACUGAAGAGAGAGACCAGACGAGAGAGGAGAAUAACCGGCUGAAGACUGAACUUGUGGAGACCAACGAAACGGUCAUGCAGUUAAGACAGGAGCUUCAGUCUAUGAGUGCAGAGAGAGAGCACCUUCUAUCAGAGUCGACCCAGCAGAGUCUUUCUCACGUGGCUGAGAUGGAACAGGUUCGGUCAGAUAUCGCCUUCGUGACUCAGGAGAGAGACCAGCUUCUGGAACUGCUGCAGGGCCUGAGGGACGAGAAGAUUCAGCUGCAGAAAGAUCUUGAAGAGAAGGAUGAAGUGGCGAUGCAGCUGAAGGAGGAUUUCCAGCGCGCUAGUAACGAGAAGGAUCAGCUUCUGGCUGACGACGCUAAGUGCAACCUGGAGACCGUCGAGGAGCUGGAGAGACGUCAAGCAACCAUCGUGUCUCUAACUGAAGAGAGAGACCAACUUCUAGAAGUGCUGCAUGGUAUGAGGGAGGAGAAGAAACAGCUGAGGGCAGAUCUGGAUGAGAAGGAUGAAAUGAUACAGCAGUUGAAGGCACUUCUGGCUGAGAGAGAGCAGUUACCGAUAAAGGAUGCAUCGUGCGGCACUGUCCUGAACGAGGAUGGAGACAGUCUCCAGGAGCUGCUGCAGGGAGUGAGAGAGCUCAUCCAGGUCCAAGGCGAGUUGAAGCAGCAGAAGCCACUGAGUCCUAGAGCCACCCGGAAAGCUGAGCUUCAACAGGCCAAUCAAAUCAUGCAGGCUCUUAAGGAUGAAGUUGAGUAUUUAAGGAACGAGAGGACGUUACUCAGAAAGGAUCUUCAAGAGGCUGCUGAAACGUCAAAAGCUUAUCAGAACUUACUCUGUUCCACGAGGGAGGAGCUGAAGCAGCAGCAGAAUGCUGACUCGGUGGCCCAAAAUGCUGAAAAAGACUCCCUACUUCAGCAGAUGAGCCAGAUGAAUGCAGAUCUUCUGUAUUUGAGAGAACAGCUUUUGGCGAAGAAAACCUCAGAAACUCCGACUCUUAACACCGAAGUGCAGGAUCUUCUGACUCGCAUUGCGUCUCUUGAAGAAGACAAAGCAAAACUCCAAGAGAUGCUCGAGUCUGCCAGAGAAGAGGGAACUAACCUGAGGCGUGAUCUUCAGGAGAGUGAAGAAGCGAAACACGAGCUGAUGGAAGAGCUUGAAAGUCUUUGUAGCAUAAAAGAGCAGCUCUUAAAUGAAAAGACACAUGCAGAUCAGCUGCAGGAGGUUCUCCAGGGGGUCAGAGAAGAGCGAGACCAAAUCAGGAGGCAGCUGGAGGGAAACAUGCAGGAGCUGACGCACAUUACGGAGAAAGUACAAGGACUAGAAAAGGAGAAAAUGCAGCUUGAAUCUGAAGUCAGUUCUUUGAACCAGACUCUUCAUGAGGUGAAUGAACACACUAACGCACCAUCUAAUGAAGGCAGGCUGAAGGUGAUGUCUGAAAUUGAAGCUUGUAACAAAAAGCUUAAGGUUUCCUUCUUGAAGCUCCAGGCGAUCACUGACCGUCCAAAACCCAGAGAUCAUCUUGCAGAUGUUAAUAGGAACGAAAAUACCUUGUUUUGUCAGCUUUUACCGUUCGUUCCAGUGUCUCAGAGAAGUGUGUUCGCCUGUCUGACUUCUGAAACAAGUCGUCUUGAUGACCUGCUUAGGAAAAACGAGGUGGCUUUGCAAAGACUGGCAGCUCUGCACAAGGCUCACUUUGUGAAACAAAUUAACCGCGACAUGGCUUCCUUCGAGGAGAGAAGGCUGCAUGACGUUCUUAUUCGCCGAGCUCAGGCUCCUUCACAGUCCCUCCAGAUGCUCCCUGGGGACUUCCAGGAGAUUUGGGACCAGAGACUGUUGGAGCUGUUGGAGAAACGCAGGCAGUAUCUGCAGAACGUGAACAGCAUUCUGGACUUCCUGGAAGACGGUGUAGCUAAACAUGCAGUCACGCUCUCUGAAGAACUUCAGGCACGGACCCGUGCCAACGAGGAGAGUAGUAGGGUGCUGGCUGGAACCGCCAACACAGCAGCUAUAGUUCAGUUCUUCGAGCGAGAGCUUGUUCGACGCACAGCUUUGACAGAUCGCCAGAGAGUUUUCCACCAAAGCAUGUUGGAUAAAUAUGGCUCUGCAGUUUCUGUCCUGAAGCCCAUGCAGGAUGAGUCCGUUCAGAGGCUGAAGGAGGAGAGGAGCGAGAGUCUGGCACUGCUGCCGUCUCAGAGCAGCGAGAAACCCAAAACUGAGGCGGACCUACUGCAGGACAAGCAGCGCCUCUUCCUUCAAUUACAACAGGCUCAAAAACACUUGGAGGUGCUUCAAAAGAAAAUGGCGGAGUUGAAGGCCCAGACCGACAUUUCCAUCCAGAAACAUGCCACCGAGCUUGAAGAGCUGAGCUCGGCUUUAAAGGAGAAAGAGGAUCUCAUCCAGAACUUGCAAGUGAAGCUGAAGGAGUCUGAGGCUCUUGCGAAAGUUAAGAUGCCGCCUAGUGCUGCUGAAAUGGAGGCCAUGAAGGAUAAACUGGUGAAGAUGGAGUUUGACCACAUCGCUGUAACGACCAGUCAUGAAAAAGAAAUAGCACAGUUAACGUCAGUGGUGGAGCACAGAGGAGACGUUAUCCGCAAGCUGAAGGAGACUCUCAGAAAAAGCCACCUGCAAGACGAGCAGUCAUUUAUGGAUGGUGAAGAACCUCCUUCUAAACCUGGCACCCAGGCCAAAACUUCUACUUAUCAUAAAGAUAAAAAGAUUGAAGAGCUGGAGAAGAAGACUGCACAAUUUGAAAGCCUGGUGAACAAACAACAAGAAGAGAUCUGUAAAUGGAAAAACAGAGCGUACAAGCUGAGGGAAAGUAAGAAAGAAGCUCCUCAUUCCCCACGAACACCGACCAAGCGAACUCUGUUAACAGAAUGUGAAGUGAACUCGCCCAAGAAAGCGGUCCUCGACUCUCCGAAAAGCAAGUUCUUUGACGUCCAUUCUGGCAGAGAGACAAUGUCACUCAAGUGCCCAAAGCAGUUCUUUGACAACUCCAGCCUUGGAACCAUGCCAGCUGAGCCAGCUAUGGAUGAUCCCUCCGAAAGCGAUGAGGACGCCGGCCCCAACGCAGCGGUCAGCUGUAGUGACACAAGCGCAGACAGCUGGUGGAGUGUUCCAAACUCUUCACCGAGGAAGACCAACCUAAAUCUGGAUGCCAAUGCGUGUCCAACACAGUGAUUUCAGUUUUAUCUGUGUUUGUUUGUUUGUUUGUUUGUUUGUUUGUUUUUUAUAUGUUUGCUUUGUCCAUCAUUCAUUUUAAUAGUUUGUCAUUAAAGUUAUUUUUAUGUCGCAUAUGUGGGGAAGGUUCAACCACCCAAGUUUCUAGAAUAAAGAGAUUUAACAAAAAAACACACAUGCAAUUUUAUUAGGUGUUUUAAUGCAGUAAUCAUCUUAAUCUUCUUCUAUCAGCUUUUGUUUGGUUUGGUGUUUCAUCCGAGUACCAAACAUGAUAGAUAAAACAACACUAAACUUA